AUCAUGAGCUGGAAGAUGCUGCUCGGUUGGUUUACCAAACCCACCAGUAAACCAGCAAACAUUAUGCUUGCGGGUGGUUGCUUCUUUAUCGUAGCCGUUAGGAUGCUGCAGCAUUGGAGAACACGGUCGAAAAAUCUCGUCCCGAAAUUAAGCAUCAACGAGGUAGUCAUUAUUACGGGUUGCGACUCGGGCCUAGGCUACAAUAUGGCAAAAAUUUGCCUACAGGCAGGCAUGACAGUGAUAGCCACAUGCGUUAGCCAAGAUUCGGAAGGAUACAAGGAGUUAGAAUCUCAAGGAAAGCGAACCGGACGGGCGAUCAUUUUUCUAAUGGAUCUGAACGAUCAGCAAAGCAUUGAGGGCACGCAGAAAGAGAUACGGCAGUGGUUUGCCACAACCAGCCCGCCAGCUCAGUUGUAUGCGCUUGUUAAUAAUGCCGGUGUGAUGUGUUUCGGCGACGCGGAAUGGCUCUCCAACAGACUAACAAGACUGCAGCUAAAUGUUAACGUCGUCGGCACAAUGUCAUUCACCAUACCGCUGCUCGAUAUGGUGCGAGAAUCCCGUGCCCGUCUAGUGAUCGUUACUAGCCACUGCGGAAGCCAAGCGCUGCCAGGAUUGAGUGUGUACUCCGCCAGCAAAGCAGCGCUCCGUGCCUGGACCGAAGCCGUACGGAUCGAGCUGCUGUGUCAUAAGGUGCCGGUGGUUGAGUUUAUGCCCGGUUCAUUUUUCGUGCAUUCCAACAUUUGUGCCCAGCAGCUAGCAUACUUCGACGAGAUGUGGUCCAAUCUCAAUGAAGCACAGCGCACAUUCUACCAGGAUCACUUUGACCGCUAUCGUGCCUAUCUCGAGCCGCUGUGCCACCAGCGAAAGUUGCAACAUUUCCAACCAAACGAUCCACUUACUAUCUGCAUUAGACGCGUGUUAUUUGACGCAACGCCUAGAUCGUUUUAUAUGUGCGAACCGUGGCGCUACUUCUUUUAUUACAAUGCAUUCCGUUGGGUUCCCCAAGCCGUACGGUACGUGCUCGUGAGAAUGUUUAUACAGACGCCAGUGUUUUGA